CUUUCGAGUAUUGCUUAAUAUAGGAUUUGGUCGGCUUCCUUGUGCAAAGGCGGAGAGUGAUUUAUAAAUCAGGGAAUGAAACGAUGCCCAUUUGUGACUUGCUGUGAGCUGAACAAGCGGGGAACACGCGGAGAUCGAGGCCGAUUGCUUAUUUGUCUUGGAGUUGUUGGAAUUCAGCUGUGAUUUCUUGGACUUUUAAAGCUAAGGACUCUUAACUUAAUCAAGACCAAAAUGAUGGCCACGCGAAAUCCGAAGGUCGUUCCAAAGCGAAAACCUUCGAAGCCUCAAGCGCGCGAAUCUACUCUAUCCAAAGAUCAAGGUGAGUUGAAUCGGCAACUGACUUUUAUAUCUGAUAGACCGGCAUGUGGUGUUCCACUUUCGCAGUUUGAUUUGUAGCAGUGGGCGAAAAUUAAGAACUUAUUUGCUUGAGAUGCUUGGUUGGAUCAUAACAAGUUCGUGUGUUUGUUCUGUUUCUUGAAUUUAAUAAGCCUAAAUGCGAUCUGCUGGGUAAGUUCAGUAUACUUUCGAUUAGCUUCCACAUACAGUACGUCAAAUGUAGGUGGUUUAAGAUUCUCCUCUGCCGAGUAGCAAAGUAACCUCAAUGGUGAAACUUUAAAAUAUGUAAGGCAAAAGUUGUGAUACUUUGUCAUGGACCUUUCAAUGCCCACUAGGCACUAGUUUUGCAACAACAGCUGUAUUUCUGAGGCAGCUAUAUUUUUGGAUCCAUGUACUGGUACAUGCAGCUUAUGCAUACCUAAGAUCAUGCAUACCCAGGGCACUGCUUGGCCAAGUAUUUGUUGACACUAUCGACUGACACUCGCUCAUCAUGCAGUGGUGGUCUAGGCAGAGGCAAGUUAAGUCGGACAUGUUGGUGGGCGCUCUGCACAUGCUGAUUAAAAGUUAAAACCAAUGCUUUAUAUUGUAAAUUUAAAUGAGUCAAGCAUUUCUUUUCUUUUCUUUUUAAUCUGUGAUUAAAUAUUACCUUGGUUUAAAGUUUUGUCCUGCCUAGAUUAGCAUAAUACAAUGUAGCUAUUUGCAGGGCAUACAGUAUAUUGUAAAACUUAAUCAUUUUGUUAAUAAUUUACAUUGUUGUUGUUGUUGUCAUUGUUGCAGUGGAAAGUCAGUAACUUAGAUGGCUUUCAGUAAUUAUGUUAUCGAUAGUUGACCAGUUGAUAUUUUAAAUGGUGUAUUGGCCGAUGUUUUAAGUGAAUGUUGGCCAACAUAUUGGGCAAUACUCAAUCGGUACAUUGGGCGAUUCCAGAAAAUAUCCAUACCAUACCACGGACGGCUUUUAGGAUUUCCGAAGGGGAGGGGGGGUUCACGAUUAUGGAAUUCUGAGGGCAUGGGGGGUAUUUACGAUUGGAAAUCCGAAGGCAUGGGGUAAUUCCACAGGUGGGAUUUCUGGAGUAGAAAGUGUAGAGUGAGUUCCUUGAAAACGCUAUUGUUGUGGACUUUUGUAGUUCGUAAAUAAACCACGAACGUAUGACCGCGGAAGCAGAAGACAAGCAUCGAUAGAUCAGACACGUGUUUACGCUCAUAACUUAUAGAAGUGAACAGUAAAAUGUGACUUUCACAUUAACCUUGAUGAAUUUCUUGUCACAUGAAAAAGAAAACGGAAUAUGUAUCUUACUGCUUGCAAGUUUCUUGUUACUCCCAUCCGAUGAACAGUAAAAAAACUCGCACCAGUCCCUUGCUUCCAAGGAACGCCUGUUAGAUUAGAACACUUUUCAUGCACACUACAUGACGUAUAAAAGGACGCAACACGCCUCGACGGUAUAUUUGACCACCGAAAGAUUUUAACAGUCUGAAUUUGAGCUACUUUGCUUUGUAAACGUCAAAACAGCACAAGAAAACAAAGAGGAGUAAAAUUGCCUUUAGUGGUGUUUAUUUUUAUUGCCAAAUUCGGACCUAACAAGGAGUUUGCACAGCCUGUCUACUAGCGAUAGGUUAGAGUCUGAAAGCUUGUCGCCUGGCGCCGCUAGAUCACAGCCUUGAGGAGGCAUAAAUUCAUGUUCGUCUGUUCAUAUAGGCGUUGCUAAGUUGAAAAUGUACUUCCAAAAAAACGGAAAUUCUGAAGGGGAGGGGGGGUUCACGAUUAUGGAAUUCUGAGGGCAUGGGGGGGUAACGCAUUUUGGAAUUUCCGAAGGCACGGGGGGGGUAAAACGUGGAAGCCGUCCGUGGUUGGGUAUGGAUAUUUUCUGGAAUUGCCCAUUGACCGGCAGAGAAGGUCGAUUUAUUGACAUUAACCUGCAUCAAACUAUUGUGUGAGAUAGUUUAAGACCCCAUUCAUAUGAAGAAAACCCUGUCCUGGGCAGAAGAGUAAACCUCUCAGCUGAACUUUAAUGAGUGAUUAUGUGAAAAAAAAGUUGACCCCUUUGUCCAAGUUAAUACUGGUUGCACAUGUUUUGAUUGUCUUACCUUGACUGAGUUGGAGAAAAGCUGGUCCAACUAGGAGGGUGACCUGGCUACAUGUACGCAGGUCACCCUUCUAGCUGAGCUAAGUUUUUGUAUCUUGACAUGUAAAUAAUUCACCAUAUUUGGUAAGGAAAUGGGCAACUUGGGUAGGCAGGUGACUCUUCUAUACGGGACGGCUUUUCUCUAUAUAAAAGGGGCCUAAAAAGACUUUACCAUGCAUAACCUGGUUAAGACUCAGUUACCCAAAAUAUGUGGCCAUACUCACAUUUUUUGUUAACGUGGUUAAUUUUUAUUAGAUAAUUGGAAAUAACUUGGUUAAGCCCCCUAGUAUGGCUGGGCAAUGAAAAGCGAGCUGCAAAAGCGACUUUCUAUGAUCCACAUCUGAGGAUCCUUUUUUGGCAAGCUGUGAAAGUGACUUUCUUUGUACCUUGCACUGGCAAAAGGAAGUUUAACUUGCUCUGUCAUUUGAUGUCGGACUAGUGUUACAGUUUUGUUGAAACCUGUAUUAAGCAGCAUGGGUAUCAGUUAGCCCUCAACUUUUCUUCCUAUAUUUUCUGCAAUACAAACUUGUGUGAAGUUGACAUCUGCAUCAAAGUGAUACUAACCAGGGUCUAGUAGAUUUUGUAAGCACUGGUUUCUUUGUAUUUGCCUUAUUUCCUAGUGCCAAUAAUGUUAUGUUGAUCAAUGUAACAGCAUUUUUAAAGUUUUGUGAACAAAUACAUGUGUUUCAGCCUGGACAGACACAGAUGACACAGAAGGAACUAAAGAAUCUGGUGAGUCAUCAGAUCAAACUAAGGAUGUGACUAACGUUGGACAAGCAAUGAAAGGAAGUCUGAUUUCCGUCAAAGAAGCAGACGAAUCCAACAGAGAAGAAACUGGUGAUGAAGCAAAUCAGUCAGAAACAAAUGGUGUCAGUCAUGACAAUCCACAGACAACAGAUACAGAGGUCCAACAAACUACAGACACUGAAGGAGUUAAUGGAACAGAAACGGAUUCUCUGGGGAGCAUGGAGAGUGGAACAAGACGGAGAUUUAAACGGAAUACAGUUGUACCCACUGAUGCAGAGGAUAGUGGCCGACAGACUGAUCCAGAAGUGGAGUCUAGAAAAGGUAUUAUAUUUCGUGAGCUUGAAUCCAUUGCAAGUGUUGUGUGAUCUCAACGGUCAGGUGAUUGUUAUCACAGAUGAAGUUCAAGAGUUUCAGAUGAAAUAGACAAGAAAUUUAAACUAAUUGCACUGAGCUAUGAAACUUCAUAAUGGCCACCUUGGGGUCUGUAAAAAAGUGGCCGUUAUAGAGGGGGUAGCUGGUGUACAGAGGUUCAAACGAGAGUCAAUGUAGGGACUGUCCGCAUAAAAAAGUGGCUGAUGUUUAGUGGUGGUCGUUGCUAAAGGUUCAUUUGUAUUAAAAUGUAACAAGCUAAAUGUUCUGGUGGCUACGUGUAUGUUACAGGUCACAAUUAACUUCAGGUUAAAAUUUUUUAACCUAGGUUGAUUCUCAAUUUCCUUUGUCUCCUAGCCCUAAAUCAUUGAAUAUUUACAGGGCUAGAAGACAAAGGAAAACUAUAGAGAAUCAACCUAGGUGAAAAAUUUUUGACAUGAAUUCAAUUUUGACCCGUAACAGCUAUGGAACAUUAAAAGUGAAAUGAUUUUGUUGGUGGUGACUUUUAACUUACAUGUUUAAAAUUUUUAAGAUGCCUGGAGUGUUGCUGAAACUGAUGCUGAUGUAGAGUCUAAUGCUGCAUCAAGUCGACCAAGUUCUGCACACCACAGAGCAAGGCAGCGUCCUGCCACUGCAGUCGCACGGCAAGUCACCCCUGCCGCCUCAAUACCAAGACCUAUGACAGCACCAGCUGUGGAUUAUCGGUCCCAAGUUAGACCUGGAACAACUGGAGCUUCACGUCCUAAAUCUUCAGGAUCCCGCCCAAGAUCAAGGGGUGAUGAAGAAAGGCUUAGUCGCCCCACCUCAUCUGCAGAGUCGCCUCCACUGGCAAUCACAAAUGGGGUGAGAUAUUGCUUAAGUUUGCAAACGUAUUAAUUACAGUCAUUUGAUUCACUAACAAGUGCAACUGCAUGUAACACAGAGAGAGUUUACACUUGUUAUUUACAACAAAGUGUGGUUUGUAAGGCCUAAGCAUUACAGAAGUAUUAAUUUUGGACUAAUUUUUGCAUGUUAUAUAUGUAUUUACCUUUAAAAAAAUUGUCCUUACAAAUUUGUGUAAUGCAUUUAUGUAUUUGUUACAAAAUUAUUUAAAAAAAAAAAAAAAUUUAUUAUCCUGUAGCUUAAAGUUAGAAUGUUAUACUUGAAUUAUUUCUUGAAAAGAUCACCUCUCGAACACUAGCACUUUUUUUUCCAAUUUGCCUAAACCUUUUGCAAAUCAUUUUUUCUGUGAUGCUUCUACUUUGUAGGAGGUAGUUCCCUGGGAGGAACCAUCACCAGAUUCCAGCAUGGGAAUGCAAGAUAGAGGUAAGCAUGCAGACUGGAAACCAUGAAGGUACUUGUAUGAGUGAUUUGGCCGUGAUUUUUAUUAUUUUAUUAUAUUUUUUGGGGAUGUAAGAUAAGGGUAAGAGUUAGAAAGGGACUUCCCCCCUCCUCCACAAAAAAAAUCAGUUGUCUGUGAUUGUUGCUUUGCAAAACAAUACAAUAACCUUUAUUUAAUGUGGUCAAAUGUACUUGGCUAAAUAGCUACUUUACAGUCAUGCGACAAAAAAUAUACUAGAAGAUGUGUCAAAAACCUAUAUACCGGUAAUAAAUAUUUACAACUUUUUAAAAUAAUAUUAUUAAAGCUGAGAGUAGAUCUUGCAAUUAUUUACAUUGUGUUGUAAAGGCUAAUUGAAAUAUAUUUACAUGAUUGUAUUUGCACGAGUAAAAUGUAAAAUUUGAUAAUCUAACUUUGACAUCAAUCAUUAGUGGCAUGUACUUGGUCAGGAAAAGCAGUAAGUUUAACAUGUCAUUCAAUUUCUUGUGUAUUUUCAUGCAGAAAGUUCAUCAAGUCGAAGCAGUGGUCUUCUAGCACCUCCUCAGCUUCAAGGAGAACAGAAUGCUUACAUCCCAUACGUUUAUGCUAAAGACUGCAUUCAAAAGGUAUGUCAACUAUAUUUUAUCCAUCUUCAGGAUGCAUAUUAUUGAUGGUAACUCUCUUGCAUUUUUUACUUAGAUUCAGUUUGUUUUUAUUCAAGGAUCAAGGGUGGUGCAUUGGUGAGAGCACCUCACACCAGUGUGGCCCAUGUUUAAGACCCAAUGUUGAUGCCAGUGGGUUGAAUUUGUUGUUGGUUCUUUCCUCUUCUCCAAUAGGUUUUUCUCCAAGUACUCCAGUUUUCCACUUUCCCCAACAAUUAUUACCUUCAACACUGCAACACACAGACAUGUUUGAAUGAGGUCUUAAGAACUCUUAAACAAAUGGGUAAACAAAUUACAAUUUUCAGUGUAACUGGCCUCUUUGCUGUCAGGCUUGCAUCUUAGAGCCUAAUUCACGGCCAGAGUGCUUGCAAAGAAUUGCAUUCCUAUCCUCCUAUUGCAGACUUAAGUUCAGGCAAUUUAGUUGUUGUUUGGUCUUUUUGUAGGUAAUGGACGAUAUGAAGAAGAUGAAGAGUAAUCACGUGAAGGUGAUUGAUCGCAUUCAGGAUCAGUACAAAUCAGUUGAGGAUGAUAUUCAGGUAGAUGCUGCACAACAACUUAAAAAGCUUCUGUUUCAUUGUUAUUGAUGAGUAUAUAUAAUGGUAAUAGGACUGAGUGGAGUCCAGUUUGGUCUGUAAUGAUAUGAGUGAUGAUUACAGACCGAAUUGGAUGACACGAAAAUAUACUGUUACCAAUUUAUCAUAAAUAUAACAAAUUUGUGAUAUUUUAGGCUUUUUUCAACUUAAAACACAAGAAAUUCUGAGAUUUUUUGCCAGCAGUGAAAAAAGUGUCCAAUGGUGCAUACUGUCCAGUUACUUAGAGGCAUGACGCAUACUGUCCAGUUACACUGUCCUAUUAGUGCUGAAAUCAGGGCAGUUGAAAGCUAAUCAGAUGUGAGAAUUUUGUUAUAGUUAUGAUUAAUUGUCUAAGCUUGUAUGGAAGGUAGUGUGAUCCUGAUUCCUAUAUAUGGGCUAUAUGUUUAAGGGUCAUUCAAGAGGGUGUUCCAUACUAACCAAGCAGCACUUGUGCAGUGACAGUGACAGUGACAUAAUGUACAAAAUGUACAAACACUGCAUUUCACAUAUCCCCGAUAUGUAAGUGGACACAUCUCCUAAGCAGAUGCCUUUUCUGUUUUCAGUGGUGUUCACUUAAAGAAGGUUUGAUUGAAAUAGACUGAUGUUGGUGGCUAGGAUGGAGUAUUUUUUAAUUAAGUACAUGUUGAUUGUUCCUUUAUCUUGAUCCUAUAUGUGCGUGCUUCAAAGUGUGAAUGCCAUUAUAUUCCAUUCUUUUUGCCCGGGCAGAAUAGGGUAAUAUGCAACAUUGUGAAGUUUUGAUUUUCAAGUCUAUACCACUAUUUAUUUGAUCCACCUAAUAUUUGGUUUUUAUCUUUUCCAGGCCAAAUUCAACACUUUUGUUUUGAACCUUCGUAAUGAAUACUCAAACAAAGUCACUACUUUUCGUCAAGUGAUCACCAUUCAUCGUGAAGACUCACUUCGCACAAACACUCACUGGGAAGAUACAGUGAAGGUAAUGAAUUCCAAGUGUUGAAAUCGCAUGAUUCAUUUGCAACAUGUAUCAAGCAUGCUACUGAUAUUCAGCAGCAGAGAUUUUUCUUAGUGUCUUUUUCUGGGGUCAAUUUAAUAAAUCUUUUACACCAGUAGUUUACAAGUGUAGCCGUUGUUUUAGAGUCUGAGAACAAUAGCCGCACUUGUAAAUUUUUAUUAAAUUGACCCCUCUUCUUUCUGGUAUGGAUUUAAAAGGCAAAAAACGGUCUCAGGUGCUUGUUAGAAGCUACUCUUGAUUUCUUACCUCCUCCUUCAAUUCAUGUUGUACUGGAGUGAUAUUAUAUCCUUCUGGAUUUUAUGGAAGCAAUAACUAAAAAAAGCUUGCUUGUAAUAUAAUAUUUUCAGAGCCUACAAGCCAAGAACCAGACACUGCUGAACGAGAAACGCCAGCUACUUAUUAAGAACAGAGAAGAGUUCACCCAGCUGGAAAAUGAGAAGGUGUGAUUAAUGCUGUUAUUUCACAGAUUUACUCACAUACAAAAACAGCUUAAGCUGAUUUCUUUGUCUCAACGUCACCAUGAACACAAUCUGGGUCAAAGGAAAGCAAAAUUUUAAACUGGUUUGUAAACUUUAAAACCAAAAAAAAAAAUGACCUAAAACCCUAACAAAAGAUGUGUUAUGGAGUGGCAAGAGGGUGCUAUUUGCUAGUUGCACCACUUUUUACUUGUGUUUGAACUCAAAUGAACUUUGAGAAAUCAUUGAAUUUUGUCGGGAAUUAGCAUAACUGUAGCAUGCAUAUGGCUUCACUGCAUUCACUGUAAGUACAUGUGGAUUUGUAGAUAUUAGUACUUAACAGUGAAUGCACUCUUUGUAUACUUUUUUAACUUUUCAUUCAAUACCUUGCCUUGUAGGUGACAGCAGUCAAAGACUUGACAAGGAUGUUAGAUGAAAGACAUGCAAAAUACACUCUGUGUGAGUAGCUUAGCAUCUAUUCUGUUAUUAAGCUAUUGCAAGGUAUCGUAAAAUUUUAGUGAGUCUCCAGAUGUGUACAUAAUUAUCUAUGCUGAAGCAAAAUAAUGGUAAUUUUUCUCUCCAAUCAUUUUCUACAGUACUGACUGACUUCAAGAAUGAGCAAGGAAGAGUAAGAGAGUUGGAAGAGAAGUUAAAAUCUUUAGAAGAACAAGGAUUGAAACAACAGGAGGAGAGUGAAAGUCAGUCAAAAUCACACCAAGAUGAAAUCACAGCUUUGAAAGAAAAACAUCAAGGAGAAGUCACCGAGUUGAAACAGCAGCUAGAACUUGUUCAGAAGGAAAAACAGGAAAAACAAGAGGAGCAUGAAAAGGUGUUAAAAGAGCGAGAGGAAGAAGAAACUAAGAAGAUUAAUGAAUUGACAGAGAAGCAUGCAAGUGAAGAAGGUGCACUUAAAGCUGAGCUGCAAAAACUACAAGAAGAAAUUGAGGCAUUAAAAGCAAGGUAAGUUGAAUCAUCUUCAUGAUAACUUCGUUUUCCCCAAGUGGGUUCUAUAUAGGACAGGAAAUUACAUCAGCUCUAUGCAGUGGUCUUUGUCAUGUGGAACAGCUGAUACCACAGUCCCCUAUCCCAGUCUUAACUCAUGAAUUUUUUUCCCUGCUCUCUUUAUCCAAGUCUCUUUGGACCCACUCUCUUUCUCCUGCCUUUAUCUCUUCGUUCAGCUGUUUCCAGUCUUCUUCUCAGUUGCUUUCCAGCUCUUUCAUGUAUCCAGCUAUGGGUCUUUUUUUAUUUUUCAAGCCAAGAACUUAUUUAGCAGAUUCACUAAUGUGUAGGUAAUAAACAAGGAUGAAGAUCAUAUUUGAUGUGUAGGUCUUCAAAGUCCAGCUUUACCAUUCCUUUUUGUCUCAUACAAGGCAGCUGAAUUAGUUCUUCAGCUGUGUACCAAACCAACAUCUCAGUUACCCCGUGUUAAUUUUGGAAUGUGUUAUAAACAUACCCAAAGGGCAGGGAAACACAGAUUUUUUACCUUUGCAAUCAAACAUUCCGAUGAUCAUGAUGAUUAUGUUACAUUUUUCUCUUUGUAAACAGUGGAGUAGCUGCAGUAGCAACAACAACUACAGUGCUCACAACAACAGCAGUGAAAUCUGAAUCAACAGAGCCACAAACAACUGAAGUUCUUAAAGAAGAAACACAGGCAGAAGUCAAGGAAGAAGAUGAAGUUACUGACCAAGCUGCUCCAGUCAGUGCUGCUGCUGCAGCAGCUGCAACUACAACUACUGUUACAGUUCUUGACAAUGCUGAAAAGGAGCGACUAACUCAGGAGAUUGCAAAGCUACAAGAAGAACUAGAGAAGAAUAAAACAGAAGUAACAAAGUAUAAAGAAGAACUUGAAGAGGGUAAAGAAAGAAUUGUAUCUUUAGAGGAGGAAGUCAGUCAUCUUGGCAAGGAAAAGACAAGGUUUGAGAAACAAGCUACUGAUAACAAAAAGGUUAGUCAAUGCAAUUCUUUUUGUGUAGGUUAAGGGCUGUUUGAGUCGCUAAUGGAUAAAAUGUUUUUACACUAAUGUUGUGAAUAAACACAGUGUAAAGGUUUUGAUAGCCUGCACCAUGGCUAGGUCUAAAGUACAAGUCACAUUCCACAGGUCAAGGGUACAGGUCACUGCUCCACAGAUAAAUUACCAACCCACACAGAUUCCUCUUGAUCUAAUAGAGCAUUUUGUUAAAAUAUUAUGGCCAGGAGACACUUUUAAUGCUAUUCAUUUAUCUGUAUCAUGGUGGCCUGUACUUUGACCAGUGGAAAAGUGACCUGUAUUUUAGAUCCGCCACCCCCAUGUGUGUACCAGGAUUUGAGUAUGCAUCAUUUUUAGCCUGCUAGAAAGCCAUUGUUGAUUUGCCGAUCAGGUUGAAGGGAAAUUCAAAACACACUAGCACUUCUGGUGUACUAGCUGUGGUUAGAUUAUGCUUGUGAUGCAGGCUAAGAUUUGAAUAGUGUAUUGAAUAAGGUCCUUUUUAAGGGAUUACUUAAAAUAGCAAAUGAUUUAUUCAGAAUGUUAACUGUUUGCAUGUUUUGUGUCUCAGGAGCUUCGUGAAACAAGACAGCAGUGCACAGCUCUACGAGAGCAGCUUCAAGGUUUGUUAGUAGUGACAGCGUCUGCAGGACAAGUUGAUGAUAAUGAGACAGAAGAAAAACUAAAAGCUGCUGAAGCUGAGAAGCAGGCAUUAGUUGAUGAACAGAACAAAAUGAAAGAGGAAUUUGAAAAGUGGAAAGAGCAAUAUCGACAAGAACACGAAGGAGAGGAACCAAGUGAAGAGGACAGGUUAGUGUUAGUUGAUGUGACAACUGCAAUUUGUCAUUUUCCAUUCUCUUUUUCUAAACUUUGAACAUGACCCCACCAUUUGGUGUUUAGCUUUUAUUGUCAAUGAUGUCUGCGGGGCUCUCACUAAAGUCCUGGGACUUAAGGUUUUCCCUGACUGCUAUGUCAGAGCAUGACCCCUGGCUAGUUUUGUAGGAAACAAAAGCAAAAUAGAACCCAACAAACUUCCUGCCUGUUCAAUUCCCUGCUUACUAAGUGCAUAUACCUGACAACUUAAAAUCUUGGUGACUGCCCUGCAUCUGAAUGUAGGUGUCAUAUUAGUGGAUUGCUCCUUUAUCAUGUUGGUUUAAUCGUGACUCUGAUAUACAAGGGGUUGGGGAGCAACAAGGUUUAUUCUUUGAACUUCUUCUAAUUACUUUGUUUGUUGUCCCUUUGAUGUCAUGUGUGUUGUCAAAACGACACACUUUUGGCAAAACAGACUAAACAAGAUUUUAAGUGAGUUGAGAAUACUAAAUAUAAUAUUAUUAUGUCAGCAAACAUCGUUUUAGCUCAAAACACUGACUUGUAAGGGCAAACUUGCUGUGUUCCAAGUUUCACCUCUACUCUGUUUGCUCAUAUUUUAAGGACUGAAGAAGUACAGGCCAUGAUGGAAAAGUUGAAGCAGGAGGAGGAAAAACUGAAAAAGGCUGAAAAUACAAUUGCUGUCAUGACUAUGUUGAAGGAAGGAACAGUUCCUGAGACUGUUGCCACUGCAGGUGAACACUCAGUGUUCUUGUGCUUAACUGUCUUGCAUAAAUCAAGUCAACAAAACAACAAACAAAUGCAUGCAGUUAACUUCACCAUUAUCACUCACUGUUUCUAUCAAAAUCACCUUCAGUAAUAACAUUGUCAAAAAUCCAAACUGCCGCUACUUGCCUUAUGUCUCUAUUUAUACGUGUAGUCUUCAUUUAUUUAACAAUAUGGAAAACAACAAAAAAUAAUUUAAAAAAAAAGAAGUAGAACAGCAAUGUAUAGACCUUUCAAAUAACAAAAAUCUCUGUUAUUGAUAAUCUUUGCAGCUGUCUAGCUAUAUUCAGCAAAAUGCCUCUUAACAUGGCAAACAAGUUUUUCCGAGGAGCUAACUUGGCUAACUUUACAUCCUGUUUGCAUCUAGGAGUUGCAGAUAGCAGCAGCAAAGUUGAAGAACUGGAGGACAAAGUCAGUCAGCUUGAGGCAGCAAGGGAUGAACUAGAAGUUUCAGUGGAAAAAUUAACAAAAGAAAAAGAGGCCCUGGAAGAGAAAGUAUCAGAACAGGAGCAAAAUAACAACGAACUAACAGAGAAGAAUGCAGAGCUCACAGAGAAAGUUGCUGAAUUGGAGAAAGAGGUUGAGGAGUUGAGGAAUGAGCUUGAUGAGAUUGGUGAUGGGGCCCCUGUGGCCACAUCUUUCUCAAGUGAUGGAGUGGAUGUAGAGGUGAGGAAAAAAUUGUUGCAGUUUCAUAGGGAUAUAGUAUAUUGGUCUUGAUGGGUUGCUUCUGACAUCUUUUGGCACAGUUUAUUCCAAAGCAAUCUCCAGUAAAUGGUAGUGGUUCUUCCCCCUUUGCACGAAAAGAUUAGUGUCCUCUUGACUGCAAAAGGUAUGGGAAAUUAUUCAUCACCUGUUUGCGACAUUAUUAACUAGCCUUGAAUAUUAUUUGCUGUAUUCCUUCUAUCCCCACUUCUUUGUUCAUAUCAUUUUGCUGAAAUUAAGGUUGUUGGUACAAUAUUUUUUGAAAUGUGUUUUAUAGGUUAUUGUUUCUUUUUACAGGGGAUGUCAAGCAAACUCACUGAACUAGAGGAGGAACUUGCAAAGGCAAAUAAUGACCUAGAACAGGAAAAAGCUACAACUUUGGCUCAGAUAGAGGAAAUAGAAGCUCUGAAGAAGGUUAGCAGUAAAGUGCAAUUGAAUGUCAAAUUCCUCAUUUCAAGAGGAGCCAAGACUUUCUGGCCCUAGGUUCUCAAACAUUGGAUUGCACUAUCCACCACAUACAUGUAAAUCACCAUCCAGCAGAUAACAAUUAGGGAGAAUUUUGUGUUGAGUGAAAUUGAGAUUAUUAUGGUCGAUUGUGAUUUCUGUUUUACUUUAUGGAUGUGAAUCGUAGAUAUACAGAUCUUGAGAGAUCUUUGGCAAAAAGAAGAAGCAUUAUUCACCAUUUGAACAACUGGCCCCAGCUCUAAAUUUUGGUCUUGCUCACCACAAAGGUUUUCUCUAUCUUCAAUAUCUGCACAUUGAUCAGUGUUAUUUCCCAAUACUUCUAUUAAAAGCUUUUCUACACAUUGUUGAGAAUGCUAUGAAUCUUUCUUUUUCCAAGAACUGUUUGUCAUUGUGGGGAUUGGAUAGGAGUGGGAGGGGAGUGUAUAUUAUUGUAAGAGUUUAUCUACUUUCUAUCAUUAAAUUCCCCCUGAUUUUUUUUCCUGCAAUAAUGUCAAUGCCACUAUUGUACAAAAUGAAGUACUUACAGGUAAAUAAAUCCACUAUAAAGCCAGAGGUUGUGUGAUGUUUAAGUCUUUACACUUGUUUACAGGAACUAGCCAACUUAAGACAAGGCUCCUCUGGAGAAGUAGAUGAGUUGAAAGCACAGCUGGCUUCCACUAAAGAAGUUUUAGAAGCUGAUAUUAAGAACAAGGAAGAGGUACAGUGUGUUGAUCAUUUACUGUCAUGUAGCCUUCUUCAUUGAAGCCAGCUGAGUAACACUUCCAGAUACUACAGUGUGGCUAUAUCAUGAUCACUAAUUCAUUGAGGCUAAAAACAAUAAUAACUAUUGUAACUGUACAGCAGUAGAGUGUCUAAAAUGCAUACAAUUCCACAAUGGUUUUGGCUCCAUAUAUUAAAUCCUAUACCACUUGCAGAACAUUUAAGAAGGAGCCUUAAUGCCCUAGCUAGUCACUGACAGGACAUUUUACUAAGGAAAACAACACCUUCCUUCUUGGGACUGGACCUACAAGCAAUUUGCAAUUCUCUCUUGGGUUUUGUACCUUUUCUUUUACACAACCUGUCAAUUCACACCGCUGGUGAAGUCUGAGUGAUUUGGAACAAAUAAUGGUUUCAAUUUCUACACUAAUUGUCUUUGCCAGAGCAGGUGAAAAACCUUUUUGGUAACCUUCUAAAAAAAGACUAAAAGGGAAAAAAAAAGGAAAGACUGUCUUUGUCUUCUUUGAGGUACAAAGAUAGUAUGCAACCUUCAACUGCUGAUCUAGCUCCGGUAGCUGAAAUUAAUCUUUGUUAUAAUCUUUACUUUCCUUGGUCUUCUGUUUAUUGAAAGCAACAGAAUAACAAUAUAUAUAUGAAGUUUUGGAAAGACUGUCUUUGUCUUCUUUGAGGUUGUUGGCCAUCAAAAAUAAAUAGGAGGUCAUUAACUUGGCUGAUGUUUUCCAGUCAUUUUUAAAUGGUUGGGUUGCUGGGUCUCUUUGCUGCUGUUCCAGACCAUUAUUUUGGCCACUUGAGAUAUCUGUCCCUUUCAGCCAUCAGAUGCCUUUUUUAAAACCUAUUUUCUUGUAGUAAUAUUGUAUGUGAUAAUCAUUAUGUCUGUUUCAUACAGGCUUUGGCAGAGGCUAAGAAGAGAAUAGAAGAAUUAGAGAAAAAACUAUUAGAAAAUGUUCCGAUUGACACAGCCAAAGAGAUUGGUGCAUAUCAAGAGAAAAUGGUCAGUGCAAAGAAAUAUUUAUGGCACUUGUAGAAAUAAUAACCCAAGUUAACACAGGGUUAAGUCAUUUUUUUAAAAAAAUUCACUUGUCCCUUGUUGUCUAGGUCUGUGUUUGCAUGCCUCGGCUGACUCAAUUGUCUGUAAUUUCUGUAUAAUUAUAUAUUUUAGGCUGCCCUUGAAAAGGAGAAGGAAAAGGUGGUAAAAGAAAGCUUAACUGUAAAGGCAUCUGUCACAACUCUGACAGCAAAAGUGGAAACUCUAACCAAGAAUAUCGAACAACAAAAACAAACAGAAAAGGAGUUACAGGUCAGUAAAACUGUUGUGGAAUGCAAUAAUUUUUAUCCAGUGCUAUUCAUGUUUGAUUCAGCAAAAAGAAGGAACAGACUGUGAGAAGAUGAGAGGAUGAUGAAAUUUUGUUAGGGCACUGGCCUUAAAAUGCGACUUAUGUCCAAACCAACACCUUGGGCAUUCUUUUAAAAUAACCAGCUCAUUUACCUCCUGCAAGAUGGGAUUUUUAAUGUCUAAUGUUAAAUUUCCAUUAUGUGGACUUAUUUUUUUUUUAAUUUUAAGUGCUCUUAAGUUGUUUAUUGCUUGCAAACAGACAGCCUGACUUACUAACUGUGUAAAUGGUUUUUUUUGGGGAAAUUAAUAGUCAUUUAAACCCUUGGGAUACCUAUUUGAAACUCCUCAGAAGCACAAACCCUGUUAUUUGCUGUUCAAGUCACUAAUUUACCACUGAUUAUUAUUUAUAGGAUGCCAAUGCAAAGAUGCGUGCUGAGAGAGUUAAAGAGCUGAAGGAUACCAAAGAUAAAGCAGAAGCAAAGUCGAAGAAGCAAAUUGAAGAAAACAACAAGAAAAUACAAGCUCUUCAAAAGAGGGUCUGUUAUAUUCAUUUGUUCAGAUUACCAUGCAUCUUUGUUCUUUCCUGUUAUUGAGCAUUGUUAUCAUUAUGUUUUGUUUAUUAUCUUUAGUUGUUUGGGACUUAAUAGAGUUUCUAUGUCCUCUGGGCUUACGCUGCAUCUACAGAAACAUCUGUGAAUACUGGUCAGCAAAUGACUGGCAGUCAUGUUCUAGUGUUUUAGAGGACACAUAAUAAUAAUAGUAUAAUAAGGCAAUCUUGUUCUUUGAGAAACAGAUAUUGUAUGGAGCAGAAAGUUGUGAACCUAAGUGUUCAGAAAAUAUUUUUUAUUUUUUCAUUUCCUGGACAGUUUGCGUGUUCAAGGUAACAUUCUCAAAGUCUUAUCUUUUGGUGUGAUGUCCUGCCAACAAAACUAAUGAUAAACCACUUUGUUCUGCUAAAGGCUGUUUAGUGUGACUGUUUAUCAUUAGUUAUCAGAGUUUGUUUAGCUAGCCUUAUGUUUAAGACGAUGAAAAGUUCUGCUAAAUAACCUUUAUUUGAAGCAAAUAUUUUCUUAUUCUCCUGGUUGGCUUUAUGCAUUAUGGUUUUCCAUUUACCUGUUAGCUGUUUUUCAUCUUUCCCCUCCCUCUUGAAUGCGUGGUACAGACCAUCCAGCUGUAUAUAUUUAGUGAACAAGGAAUAGACAAAGAAUCCUUUGUCAUGUUUGCAGAUAAAAGAGCUUGAAGCUGGUGGAGUCAAACCUCAAGAUUCCAAGAUUGAUACUGGAUUGGGGGCAAAGAGAAAGGUAUGCAGAAUGGUUAACAAUUAUUGGACGAGCUUGAACAAAAUAUCGUGAUUUGUCUGUGGUGAGCAGAUAAUUGAUCUGCGAGACACUGACAAAUCACGAUAUUUUGCGAUAACGGAGUUCAAUAAUUGUUUUAUCACGCAAUCACCGAGUUUGUUUUUUUUAAUUUGAUCUGCCAUUUUCACGCAAGAGCGAUCGCAAGAAGGAGAAAAGCACGGUUUCCUUUACGCAUGAGCAGAAUAUUAUUUGCAGCCAAACACAGUUGGACGGCAUUGCACAUGAGCAGACCAUUAUUUGUAGGCAGUUAUUUGCAGGUCACGUGGUGGGCUUUCGGCCAAUGAAAAGAAAGAAAAAUUUGCUUCAAAUGAUAAUAAUUAUUAAGCGUGUGCAAAAGUAGAAGUUAUAAAAAAAUCUUAAGUUUCAUUUUUUUGUGGAACAUUCAUGACGUGACAAAGUGCCUGAGGAGUACAAACUUAGGAAAGACUUUUGCUAUAACGGGGCAAGGUUACAUUGAGGUUCUGUUCCAUAAAUUUUACCACAUCAGUAGCAGGUGAAGAAGUCAUUGGUAUGCUGGGAUGUUUGUUCAUAUUGGGGUUUAUCAUAUCAGGAUCUCACUGUCUUGAAAACUGAAUACUUUCCUUAUGAUUGUUCUGGAAAAGGCAAACGCUUUAAUGAUGUUAAGGCUAUAACGUUUUGUCCACAAACAUUAGAAGUUAGAAGUACAACACCUGUCUUAAUAACUGACGCUGGACAAAAAAUAGAUUUUGUGUGUGGCAAAGUAGCACAUACAAUAUGGUAUGAUACCAUACAGUGUAUUUUGAAAUGCCAUUAUCUAAAUCAGAAUUAGAAUUGGAAGUGUUACUAGAUCAUGCGAUGUUUUUCUUUGAAGGACUCUAGAGCGGCUGCAGACCUUGAAAAAGCAAACAAAGAAAAGGAGAAGCUUCAAGGGCAAGUUGAAGCAUUGAAAAAGGCAGCACAAGUAAGAAGUCAUUGUUUUGAAGUUCUUUUUCUUGUUUGUCAUCUUAUUAUGCAGCUUCUUCUCUCAAACAACCUUGCUCCAUCCUCAUCUAAUACAUCAUCCAGGUGCUCUCAUGCUCUUUUUGUGAGGACAGCACAAAGCCGACAUGAGGUGGAAAGACUGCAAAGGGUGGGUUAGGGAGUGAUGGCAAAAAUGAACGCUUGUAAAACUUCCCUCCUCUCUCCCUCUUGCUUUUUUCCUCCUUGGCUUUCAUAUUUCGCACCGCACUCUACUAUCUGAGGGACCGUUCAUUUUUUAUGGGGUAGGGGGGGCUGGUGGGAUUUGGAGGAGUGUAAUUUGAAAAUUGUAUGACCCCCCCCCCAAUUUCCGAUUUUUUUCGCAUGCCCCCCCUCAUCAGAGUAAUUUUUGGAGCCCCCCCCCAUGAAUAAAAAAAUACAUAAGGCAUUAAAAAAGUUACUGCAUUAAAAUUUCGUUUUGUUACAUUUCACAUAAUUUAGUGAAAGAAAGCUGAAAGCUAGAAAGCUGUUUUUAAGAAAUCCUCACUCAAAAGAAUGAAAAGUCAAUUUAGUGAUGGACGGAGACUGAACUACGUUAUAAAAGAACACAGAGAGGCUGUUGAGAAACUGAAAGGGCUGUUAAAAAUUCUGAGUGAUCAUGACUCCACGCUCUUCCAGGCGAAUGGCAUUACCCUGAAGCCUGACAAGAAAUUCCACCAUGACUUCAAUGUGCAACACAUCGCUAGGAUUGAGGCAAAGCAGCUCAAGGUUUCAGGGGAAUUAGAAAACCUCGAAGAAAAGAAGGAGACCUUUGACCAGGUCUUCAAGGGCUUAACAGGACCCUAUGUGUCAAAAAAAAGAAAAUUAAAACAAAACCGUAGGAAAUCAAAGGGCAGAAAACGCAAACGGUUUGAAAACAACGUCCUACGCGUGUAUCAUAUCUGCGUUGCAAAUCCCCUUGCAAAAGAGCUUCCCAAUUGUCUUCUUUAUCCUCCCUCCAUGACAAUUCCGGAAGCGUGCAUAAACGUUGAAGAUGUAGCAGCAUUGUUGCUAACACGGGAUGCAGCAUUCAUCGCUCACCUACUGCAAUCCAGCUACUUCAGCAACGCGGCACAAAGCAGGCUUAUUACCAACCUUAAGCCAGAAGUAAGAAACAGGAUGUAUAUCUUGCUGCAUCCUGAAGAUUAUAGCUCAAACGUCGGAGACACGAACAAAGAGGAAGAAGAGGAAGACAACGAAGAAGAACAGGAGGAAGAAGAAGAGGAACACAGCGACGACGAGAUCGAAGAGAACGUCGAAAAUGAGGAAGGGGACACCUCGUAGUAGUUUCAUGCCCCUCCCAUUAAAUUUCUCAGAGAAAAGCUCUGGUAACGAGGUCAGUUCCAAUUCAGGACUCAAAUUAUUGGUUUUAAUUAUAUGAGCUUGACAACAACAUUUUUAUGAAUGAAAAGAAAGUUGUUGCUAUUCUUCAAGACUGUUAUUAUGGUAUGUUUACUGUCCUUAUAAAAUAUAAAAGCUGUUGAGAAGUUUUCUUGUUACCCUGGAACUGUUUUAGCAUAUUUGUUAUAAAUAAAAGAGCACAAUUUUUCUUCCAUUUGUAAACAUCUCUUAUCCUAUUUUUAAUCUAAUUUUUUCGUCCGACCCCCCCCCCCCUUUCCUUCAUUUUUUUUCGGCUGGCCCCCACUUUCAAGCCAAUUUUUUCGAGUGCUCCCCCCAAAAAUCCCACCAGCCCCCCCCCUCUCAUAAAAAAUGAACGAUCCCUGAACGCUUGGAACAGGCUAGAACAUUCAUAUAUUAUGGUAGGUCCCCAACCCUGUGGUAAUUGCUUUUUUUUGUCAAAUUUGAACUUUUUUAGGAGGAUCACGCCAAAAUCAAACAACUUGAAAAGGAUUUGAAGGAGGCACAGACAAAAGCUAAACCUGCAGGACCAUCUGCAGAAGAGGUACCAGACAAUGUUGUUAAUUUUUCUAUAAUUAUUGUAAUAAAAUUUCAAUUGUUAUUGUAUAAGGUUAGCUUACUCAUGUUUCUUUGCGCGUCAUGUGAAUAAGAGUUGUCAAGGUAAAAUUCUUAGAAAAUAAAAGAGACAUUUUUAGCAUUUUAGCGUAAGUCCAAUCAAUGGAAUUAUAGGCACGAGUUCAGUUAUAAGCUCCGGCCACCUAUAAGAAAAAAUGUCUCUUUGUUAAAUUUGGAUACUACUUUACGUUACUACACUGUAUAUCUUUUUUAUUCCUAAUCAGUCAUCUUGAAUUCCUAAUUGUUCAGCAAAUUAUUACCGUGUAGUCAGGAACAACACAACAGAAUAUCCAGAAACUGCAGCUAUUACAGAUUUUUACCGCCAGGGUACUAACUGGAAGAAGAAAAUAUGGUCAUAUUUCCACAACCAUUAGAGAUCGUUUAGACAUUACAUUUAGGAGAACCUCAACUGCGCGGAGAUCAUUUUUCUUUCGCACAAUAGUAUCAUAGAGUAAGUUAAACAAGGAUACCAAGAACAGUAUGAACACUGAUCUUUUCAAACGUCAUGCCCGUAGGGAACUUUGUGCAUCCAUACUCUGACUUAGGUUAUAUUUUUUUCAGGAUUAUAUUUAUUUUACUUCAUCUCAAAAUAAUUAAGAACUGUAAUUAGGUUUUUCUGAUGAUUGUAAAUUUACAUUGAAAAUCCCAAUUUGGGAAAUGUUAAUAAACCUAUGGUAUUGUGUUGACGGUUUUUUUCACUCUCCCUCAACAGAGAGCUGCUGCAAAGAAGCAAGACAAACAAAUGAAAGGUUGGGUAUUUUACGACAUCAUCAUUCUCGUUAGCUUUAUAAUCCUCAUCAUGUAGUCAUGUCCCAUUAACAAUGGUGAGAUCAUGGAUACAAUUAUAAUUAUCAUCGUUAGUGUUGUCAUCACCACCACCAUCUAAUUUCAUCAUCAUCAUCAUCAUCAUCAUCAUUAUCAUCAUCAGUCUGGCCUCUCACGAAAAUCCCUACAGGGAUUCGCCAAAAAGUACUCGCCCACUCUGAUCCCACCAAAAUACGCGGCCUACAUAGACAUCACCAACAACACCAAUUGCUCUCAUUACACCAUCAUUACACAACUUUUCUAAUCACUGUUGUCGCCACUAGAUUCUACAUUUCUUCUUUGUCUUCUCCAUUUUCUUAAUAAUCUGCCUGAUAUCCUCACCAACAUUCUCUUUCUUUUGGUUCCACUUAUUUUUCUCCUUUACAGUUCCGUUGCUUGGUGUAAUCGGUGGAAUUAACCAAAAGAAAAAAUGAAAAUAAAUCAGACACUGCUUUUCAAUUGUAGUAUUUGUUAUAAUCUUUCAAUAGACUUGACAAAGAAUUUAGAAAUGGAGAAGAAGAAAUUUGAGAAGAUUAAGGAAACUCUAACAAAAACAGAAGAAGAACUGAAAGGUCUUAAGAAGGUAUAUUUCUGCUGUUUUUCAUUUGUCGAUGAGCCCAGUUAGUAAUUUUAAUGAAGUGAAAUAAAUUUGUUAAUGAAUUAUAAUGAACAUCAUUUUUUAUUCAGGAACAUGAUGCCUUGUUAGCAGACAGCAAAAAAGACAAGGAUACUCUUUCAAAACUUGAAGUUGCUGCUCAGGUCGGUCAGGAUUUCUAAUUUAAACUAAUUAUCAUUUCUCCUUGUUGUAAGUUACUUUCAGUUUUCGUUUAGUAAGCUUAUCGAUGUUCAAAGAGAAUCAACAUAGCAACAUGUAUUGGUAAUAAGCACCACCUAUAACUACUGCCUGUAAUUACAGCUACAAAUAACAUGGUUAUUUUUUUAUCAUACACAGGAAGGCCUUGCUGCUCAAGAGAAGGUGGAUGAGUUGUCUAAAGAAGUGAAGUCCUUGAGAGAAGAAAACAAAACUCUAUCAGAUAACUACAACAGUGAAAGAGUAAGUUACUCCAUGUGAAUUUUCAGCUAGCGAAUAAAGCCGUCGCCCCUUCGAAAUGCCCCCAGCGGCAAGGAGUGAGGAGAGAGACGGCUGUAGUCGCUGUGUAGCUGUUUUUCUGCAUUAAUCCAUCUUUUUCUCCUUGUGAUUUGUUUUAUGGCCUCAGAAACUGAACUCCUUAUCCCCGCUUGCUCCGGAAUUUCGCGCCUUCUUCCGUUACUUGACGGACAUGUACCACUCGGAAACAUCAGCCUCUCCCUCGCCAGACUAUGAGCUCUGCUGAAAGAACGGAAUGAAUUGGAGGUCUUCUCAUUGCCUUGCCUUGAGUUUUAUCACUCUACCAUCAAAAUAUCCACCCGAAACAAAAACUUCAAACAUUCGUUCAGGUGUUUAGACCAAAAGUGGAGUAAAACUAUAACUAGACAGGAAGAAACGGUGGAUUUUUAGCUGGAGGGGAGGGUGGGGGGUCUGUACACAGGCUAUGGAUUUUGAAUAACCGUUAGUUUUCUCAAUUGGAAAUCGGGUAAAACAUCAAACAAGAGAAAAAUGCAAUUUCGUUAUUAAUUUUAAAACAUUUUUCGUCUAGAUUCUUCGUAAAAAGUACUACAAUAUGGUGGAAGACAUGAAGGGGAAAAUCCGUGUUUACUGCCGAGCACGUCCGCUGAGCAAAUCCGAAAAGGAGCGGGUGAGUCAUCUCUGUUGGCACUAAAGACAAUUCAAUUCUGAUGUUUUAAAGAUUGUGCUAACAACAGGAUUAUUUUCGCGAAAGUCUCUCCUAUUAAAUGAAACGGAAAAAGUUCAUUAUCGCCUUCUGUCCGUCCUUAUUAUUCUGCGCAAGAUUCUGAUGGUUAAAAAAGCAUUGACUAUUUUCCAAUUGCCCAUAAUACACUCUGUUUGCCCCCCAAAUUUUGCAUAACUUAUUGUCUUAAAAUACUCUUGGGAAAAUGCAAUACACCCAGGAGCAUUUAAAAACAAUGGUUUAUGCAAAAUUUGGGGGGCAAACAGAGUGUAUUAUGGACAAUUGGAAAAUAGAGAAUUGGGUUCACAACGUUGCCAGUGUUAGUUAGUUGGCUGUACAGAAAAUGUCGAAAACUGUGGUGAAAAAAAAUGUAUUGGUACUGCUCUGUGUUGCUUUAAUUAACUUGUCGAUGAAUUAAAAGUGAAAUUCUUAAUUUUAUGGCAAGUUAACAGGGUGAUUCUUAUCUGUUUUGCCCUUCGCUGUUGAGGCAAUGAGUGUAACACAGAUAAUUAACUUGCUGGGAAUUGAGAGGUGAAAACCUUUAUAGUAGGCAAUUUACAGUUUCACAUCUGAAAAACAUAUUCUACAGUGGUCGGCGAUGUCUAAAGUGUAUUGUAAGGAAAUUAAUAAGAGAGAGAGAGAGAGAGUAGAUUCAAGCACGGCAGAGGAUCAGAAAUUUUGAAUAUUGAUCAAAGAAAAAUCCGAGUUCGUGACAGCAUUAGAGCCAUGGCCCCCUCGGAACCAAUCGGACACUCAAAACCGCUUAGAUACGAGGAGCCUAACAUGUUAUUAUUUUCGACACUGUAGGGUAAUUACUCAGUUAUCAAGUCCCCGGAUGAAUAUACUCUAAUAGUGGAGACAAGUCGCGGUCCAAAAGACUUUCAGUACGAUCAAGUGUUCACUCCCGAACAUGGCCAAGAAAAAGUCUUUGAGGACACGAAUGUGAGUCUUGUUUUUUGUAAAUAGAUUGUUUUGUUUUUGUUUGUUUGUUUGUUUGUUCCUUUUUCAAUUGGAAAUACAUUUACUUCGUCGAACAGAAAAUUCUUGUAAACAAAUCAAGAGGAAAAUAUAAAGUCAAUCAGUCAAUAGAGCGCAAAUUGCAGAUAAUUUCAAGGACACGGUCAAAUUCAGCAAAGGCGCUUCAUUUGGUCAAAAACAACUAAAGCAAGUCUUAUGAACAGUUUUCGUGAAGUGAUAUUGUUUGGGUUAAAAGAGUGUCUUGGGUUUUCAAAGUGAACCAUUAAAAAUUGUGAGGUAGACCUUUUAAGAUUUAAAUCAAAUAAGGGAAGUACACGCUGAGGUGUGUUUCAGUCAUGCAUGUCGUUGAGUCAGUGGUCGACUUGGUUACCCUUUGCAUGCUUACGACACUGACAUGUAUUCGGCAUUUGAUGAAGCGCUCCGUUAUGGUUAAAUCGAUGAAACUUUUCAAUGGUAAGUUUAACAAGAGUCGUCAUUCACUUUAAAAUGCAAGUCAGUAAAAUUGCUUUGUUUUAUUCUGGCAGAAUCUUAUCCAGUCAGCUGUUGAUGGCUACAAUGUGUGUAUUUUUGCUUAUGGGCAAACUGGCUCUGGAAAAACAUAUCCUUUAAAUCACCAUUUUGCAUUAGUGGAAAGAAUAUUAUUUCACUUUUUCAAAUAGCUUAUGAAUUGAACUGCCUCAGAGAGUUUUUAUUGAGGCGAGUUAAAGGAAGGUUUGAAUAAGAGUAGAGACGUUCUGCAUGAAAGAAAGCUACCACUUCUCGUAGCUAAACAUCAUUGUCGUUCUUAGCACUUUAAAGUCUUCUUGUUGUUCUUUAACCUCUUUUACUUACACCAUGAUUGGAGACAAAGAGCUCAAGUCACCUGGUAUUGCUCCACGUGCUAUGGAAGCCAUUUUUAACUUGAUGAAUGAACAGAAGUGAGUAUCCACGUAGGUUUUUUUAGUACUGAUAAACUUAUGUUCUCCUUUCCACUUGCAAAGAAUGAAGCGAAAGUAGAACACACUCUGCUUUAACAUAUUGUAUUUUUAGCUUUGUUUCCACUGUGUAUCAGUUGCAGGUCUUUGAAGAGUAAAUGUUUUGGUAUGGUGUUUCAUUCGUUCGAAAAUUUCAAUCCAGUUAUAUUUUCGUUUUUCCUUUUCUCCGAGUGGCAUUUUUCAAAGUAAAGAAUAACUUGAACUACAACACACAUUGCCGGAUUAAUAUUAUACACCCUCUAAUUUAGACGGAGGUUUCAAGUUAGCUUUAUGUUCUUUCAGAUACCCAUGCAAAGGGGUUCCCUGCUAGCAAAGAUCUCUCACGACGAGUCAAAAAUGAGAGGAAGGAAUUUUUGCCUCGUCAUGAGAGACCUCUGCUAUCAGGGAAGCAAAGUGGAAAAUUGCCGGCAACUUAAGUAAACAAAACGGAGUUGCUAAUGUUACAUGUUGGAUCUCACCUUGAACGGCUUGUCGGAUGGUGUUGGAUCAGGUUUGCAGUGCUUCAAAACAACGGUUGAUUAUCGGACAAUGUCCGACUAUUUCCCUUCGAAAUCCGACCUACCGUCGGAUUCGGAUAUGAUAAACGGACAGACCAAUUACUGAAGGCUACCUAUUAGUACCUGAAGAUUUACAUAGUAACUACAGAAAUUACAAAGAGUGAACGCUAAGUAUUUCUGACAACUUUUAUGGUGCAUGUGUCCGCUUAACUGAAGUUCACAUAUCGCCGUUCGAAUUUUUGACCGAUUGAAAAACUUGACCGGACUUUUCAUUCACGCGGAACCGUUCAUUAUGAGGUGACCUCGUAUUUGGCGUUCAAAUUUUGGAACGUCUAGGCAUCCAAAUUUUAGUACGGUUAAGGUCGUUCCGCCCCGUGAACGGAACACCUAAAUGCACGAAUUUUCAACCGGUGGAACAUUUCGUCUGGUGGGCCGUGUGAAAACGAAGCCUAAAAUGGUGACCUCAUCGGACUUUUUUCCUCUCUAAAAAGAAAAAUUGUUUACAGCCCUGGCCGUUUGAAUUACUUAAAUUUAAAGGGAUAAAGAAAUAAAUAAGAAAUGAAAAUAAAAAAGUUGAUUAAUUUGGAGGUAGCAGAUCCACAAAGUGGUCUUUCGUCGACCUGAUUCCUGGUCGAAUAGGGAAUUGGGAAAUGUUGGUGUCACACUAUUCUGCAAUAUUGGACUAAUAUGUGCAAUAAUUUUUUACUCAUCCGUAAUUCUUUCUUUUUUUAUUUUUGCUUCACAGGUCCAAAUUCUCAUUCAAAGUCCAUUGUUAUAUGCUGGAGUUAUACAAUGACAGACUAAUCGAUUUACUUGCCCCUCAUGGCAAGGAGGUAUCCUUUGACUCCGAAAACGUUUUAUCUCCUUUUUGUGGGAUAAAGAAAUCAACAUUGUCAAUCAUAGCUUUGUGGUGAUAGUUCCAUAUGUAGUAUAUGUGAGUAAUUUCAAGCGGAGAACUAUACUGGUAUGCUCUGGAUACAGUACCACAAAUGAAGAGUAAAACAAUAUGUUUCUUCUUCUCUCACCUAUAUUUCAACCGUGUUCAGAGUGCAUGUCAGAUUGCCGUAAUCGGUUUGUAUAGGAGCGAAAUGUUUUUGGAAAUUUGUGCAAGUUAGUCUCAGUAGUUACUUCGUUGAUGAGUUUUGUGGGAUUUUCUGUAUUUGUCGCAGGUUUAACUGUCGCCCACUAUGUCUGCAUUGCAGUUUAUCUUACUGUAGGUGUAAGGUGGUUUAAACAGAAGCUUUUCCUAAUACAGACACCUGGAUCUGUCCCUCUGGAGUUCGUAUUAGGGAGGUUUGAGUGGACCUAUUGUAGUUUUGUAAAAAGUGAUCUGCGCUUUCAUCACAUUUUACAAGGGUCAAGCAAUGCUAGAUAAGUCUUGUUUACAGCGAGGGGUUUCUUAGCAUUAGAAAGUUAUGACAGCUAAUGCCAAUGCCUUCAUUAAAAAUAAAGAAAAUUCUUUGAAAUCCUUAAUAUUUUGAAGCCAGCGAAACUGGAUAUCAAGAAAGACAAGAAGGUAAUUAAUGUAUAUUGUCUCUUGUUCAUUCGUUAGAAGACAUAGAUUUAAUGCUGUUGAACAAGUUGACUUUUGAUAAGAAAGUUUUUGCUAACUUUACUGUUAUUGUAUUUUCAGGGUCUUGUAUUUGUACAAGGCUCAAUCUUGAUGGAAGCCGCAACAAAAGAAGAACUCUGGAACAUAUUUGAAAAGGGGUCUGAAAACAGACACGUGGCCUCUACAAGUAAGAGUGUGACCAAGAUCUCAUUGAUUCUGAAAUUAUCAAGGAGCACUCUCAUGCAAACAGUGUUGAAAUUCUUUUUGGGAUGAAGCUCCAAAUUCCGGACCAGGGGCCCGUUUCUCGAAAGUCCCGAUAAUUAACGGGCCUGGGGCCCGUUUCUCGAAAGUCCCGAUAAUUAACGGGCCCGGUAAGCUGUUGCCGUUUACAUUAAAGACCAGGGUUUCAGUAGUUUUGCAUCUAACAUGAUAAAACUAUCAGUUAGUGAAACAAAAUGAAGAAGUUUUCUGGCCAGGACCCGCGCUCCUAUUCUUUUCAUUUCUAUUUGAAUAUUUGAUUUCGGGCCCGAAAAGUUACCGGGCCUUUCGAGAAACGGGCCCCUGGUAAGCUGUCUCCGUUUACAUUAAAGAUCGAGGUUUCAAUAGUUUUGCAUCUGACACGAUAAAACUGUCAGUUCAUGAAACAAAAUGGAGUAGUUUGCUAGCCAGGACCCGCGCUCUUAUUCUUUAUAUUUCGAUUUGAAUACCGUAAAAUUCCGAAAAUAAGCCCCUCCAUGUAUAAGCCCCUCCAAAUAUAAGCCCCCCAAACCGGUAACGCAAAAAACCCUCCGUUAAAUCGCCCCUCCAAAUAUAAGCCCCCAGGGGCUUGUACUUGGAAAAUUGUCCUCAAAUACAAAGUAAAACAAAGCAAAAAUGGUAAAUUUACUUCCAACUUUAAGUCUAGCCCAAUCGAUUUUGAAACGCAAAUUUCCCUCCGUAGAUAAGCCCCUCCGAAUAUAAGCCCCUCCAAAAAAAAGCCCGUCAAAAAGGGCCUCUGAAAAUUAUAAGCCCUGGGGCUUAUUUUCGGAAUUUUACGGUAUUUGAUUUCGGGCCCGUAAAGUUACCGGGACUUUCGAGAAACGGGCCCCAGGAAAGCAUCAGUUGAAAUGUGCAGUAAAGAAAAUGUACUUCUUUUCGUUGUUGAUUACAAUGUUUAGUUUAGUUCCCUUUGGGUUUAUUAGACUCUUUAUGAGCUACUCCUUGUGAAUUUUACACCAUUUGACGCCGACCAGUUUACCUGUUUUUUUUUUUUUUUCGUUUGGGUUGUUUAUCAGUUUUAUACGUAAGUUUCUACUCGUUCUAUUGCAUCGCUCUCAUUGAUCUGACUCCGCUCAAAUUGAUAAUUUUUGUUCAGUAUUUCGUAUUAGUUCUUGUCCACUUAUAUCUAAGCUUCUCUUGGUGUUCUGUAACUUUAUUUUUCCCAUGUAUCCCUUUUUUGGUGCUUUUGUUGUAACUUUAAUGCGUAUAAUAAACUCCAUUGGUGGCGGGUACCUCCAUGUAUCAUUGUGUUGUUUUGUCUGUUCAUACUUACGACAAAAGUAUUUUCUAUGCGGCUGAGCGUAGCGUUGGAAAAUAGAGCUCUAGUAUACAGUAAAAACCCACGAGUAAGAACCUAAGAUUUAAGAACCUGUUAGGCUGAAAUUUGCAAUUUAGACCCCCUCUAUAUAAGAACCUCUUUAGCCUAAAAUUUGGAGAAAGGUUCUUAUAUAAAUGUUGUUUGAUUGAGGUCAUUGAGAAAAUGUUUAUAAUAUUGUGUUUUACAGUACAAUCAUUUGUAUGUUGUGGUUCAAUUUUAUCCUUGGUUUAAAUUUUAUUUUCUUUUGUUUUGGGGUAUGGUAAUAUAUGAUAAUGAGUUUGAAACAAAAAAAAAAAAAUUUAAACCAAGGAUAAAAUUGAACCACAACAUAUAUAAAGUUGUUUUGACUCAAGAAAUUAAAAGUCAUGUGAGAAUAGAUCUCUGUUAUGGUCAUAUUAAAAUAUAAGCAAUCAUAAGGUAUGCAAAUUUAAGGGUGCUGAUCACUAAAAUCUUCUUAGCAACAACAUAAUUUUUUGCAGAAAUUAAGAACCUAUUAAGAACCUAGAUAGCCUAAAUUUAUGUUAACCACCAUUUAUGUAAGAACCUGUUUAGGCUAACCCUGGAAAAUGUAGGUUCUUACUCGUGGGUUUUUACUGUAUUUCCCAAACUAAAGAGAGCCUUCAUUUUCCUCAGAGAUGAAUGCUGAGAGUUCACGUUCACAUCUUAUUCUUGGAAUCAUUAUUGAAAGUACGAACUUGACUUCUGGAGCUGUUGUUAAGGGAAAGGUAUGUUUAUGUUUAUCCACUUUGUUCUGGAGUAAGCCAGUUAUUUUCAAACUAUGGCCUGAAGAACAAAUUCCCACGGCGGUUGUAAUCGUUCUUCCUUAGUCGACCAGUUCUUUUUUUUGCUAGUGAUUUCUUCUUUGUCAUAACUGAUGCUGCCCAGUUCUUUACUUGAUCUUGGGUGAAAUGUAUCACCAUUUCUUCUGUUGGUAACAAGUUUUCAUCUCCCACGCGCGUUUGGCAGGUCUUUUAUGUUGUUUAGGGCUGGUUAAGUUGAACUUCCAUCAUUCAUAUUUUUAAAAUCAAGCCAGAGUAAGAGUAUCAAACGCUUGAUGGCCGUUUGAUACAAUAGAGGUGCCGCGUAAUAGGUGUAAUUGCUCCUAUUCUUAAAUUAGUUUGUUGAUUAGCUACAUUGUACGGUAACAAGUUAGGAAGAUCUUUACCGUGCUUCUUAUUUAUUCCAGAUCAGUUUGGUUGAUUUGGCGGGAUCGGAGCGUGCCAAUAAGACGGGUGCAACUGCUGAACAACUCAAGGUAACAUAACACCGCUUCACUAGUAUUCUGUGCUUCCAAAACUGACCACUUAGCUAAGAGGUUUAAUUCACGUGUUGUUGCUGACUACUUUUGAAUAAUAGAAAAUAUUUAACAAUUAUUUCUCGAGCCCGAAUGGGCUCUGAGUCAAUAGCCCAUGAGGCCGAAGGCCGGAUGGGCUAUUGACUCAGAGGCCAUGAGGGCGAGAGGAAUAAUUGUUUUAGUAAAAUCUAACUAGUUGGUCAAAAAUAUCGAGACAAAACAACUUUAGCUAGCAAAACGCGAUUCAGCCGCCAUUGUUUUGGUUUUCGCUACUAGUGGUCUAUAACAUAAUACCUAGUAGCACCUCAACCAAUCAGAACGCAGCAUUGAUAAUAGACCACUAGUUGGAUUUUACUAAAAAUGGUUAUGCACAAAUUGGGCCUUUAUAUUCUGUUGACGCCCAUUUCUUCCACAUUGUCAUUUGAUGGUUUCUUUGUUCCACAGGAAGCCCAGUCCAUCAACAAAAGUCUAAGCGCCCUUGGUGAUGUCAUUUCCGCUCUAUCGAGCGAGCAGCAAUUUAUACCCUACAGAAAUAACAAACUGACUAUGUUGAUGCAGGACUCGCUCGGUAAGAAAAGCCAAAACAUUCAGCAUACCUAGAUACAGUUCUUGUACGCAGAGCUACCUCGGGUAUUUUGGGAAUUGCUGAUUGUUUUCUCUGCUUUGUUCGCAGGAGGUAACGCCAAAACUCUUAUGUUUGUCAACAUUUCGCCAGCGGAUUAUAAUACAGAUGAAACAGUUACAUCUCUGACGUGAGUUCAGACUCGUUUUUAUUCUUGUGACAAGGUUUGAGGCGAAAUUGCUCGGUCUUGUUUAUGUAUUUGUUUGUUUGUCUUGCCCAUUGUGCCAAUGGAGGGUCUGUAGCAGGAGGAUUAAAAUAUCUUCUUUCCUAGAAAUUAUCCAGCUUUAACAAGAAACCUAUGCUGGACAGCGGAGUCAGCCCCAGGCCUACUCCGCUGAAGGCGCGCGAAAGGAAUAGGCCACAACCUUUCUUGUGAAAAUGAGUUUUAUUUGCAUUGUUUUCAUUUCCACACCAAAGGCUGAGCACUUAGCCUCGUUUUGAUACAGAGGCCCAGGGGAUCUCGGAAAUGGCCUAUUAGACUACCCUCCAUCUUGGUUUGACCAUUCAUCGCCGAUCUUUGAUUUUUCGUUUUAGAUAUGCAUCUCGGGUCAAACUCAUUACAAAUGACGCUCAGAAGAACUCAGAAAACAAGGAGAUCGCAAGAUUAAAGGGAGUAAGUAUAUCUAUGUACAUGGUUGUGUCAAACAGGCCUCUUUUGCCUGUACCUAUAGAACGCUGUUUAAUCUCGAAUUUGUUCCGCAUUGUUUCAUUUUGCUUUCAGCCCGUUCCCCUUGUUAAUAAAAAGCGUUUUUUUUUUUUUUUCCAGAUCAUCGCAAAGUUAAAGAAAGGAGAGGCCGUGGAUGAUGCUGAGGUUGACGAGAGUACACAAGUAAGCUGGAAAAAUAAACGUGCAUUUUGUAUUUUUUUAACUAUAGAAGUUUACCUUUCCAGGACACCCUUUUUGAGCAGACAUGGUUAAAGAAUGCCUCUUCAAAUACUCCAAAACUACACAAUGUCAGGCAUCCAACAGUACUUGUUACCUAGAGGGAACUUAACAGGCACUCCAAAGCUCAAGCCAUACAGUUUCUUAUCUUUACCAUCCAUUCAGAAGUAACACGACACCUUCAGUUUCUCAUAAAUGAAAGCAAUGUAAAACUAAGACAAUUCUCAUCUCUAUAAACUAAGGAAAAAAAUAGGCACAAGCUUUCUAAGAUUCCUGGGAUUGUUUGGUCAUUUGGUCAUAUAAACAAUGAUUGGUUAAUGGUUCCCUUUUGAUACCGCACACCAAUCAUGUCUAACGUUUAUCCACCAAGCGGUCCCAGAAAUCUUUGUACUGGAAGUUCCUACCCAUUCUCGCUGUAGUUUAUGGCAUUAAAUCACUCCAACAACAACUAACUGCCUUCAUUUUAUUCUUUUGACAGGGUUGA